AGGACUCUCUCCAAGCCAGAGCGAGUGGAGCGAGGUGCCAGGCGCGCGGGGACGGUUCGGGGCUGCGCUGGGAGCGCUGGGUGGCGGGACCGGUUCGCCGUCCCGCGGGUCCCGUUAACAUGUCGCUGAGGCAGCACCUCGUCCAGCUGGCCUGCCGUCUGCAGGAGCCGCAGAAAGUGGCCCGUUUCCAGCGUCUGUGCGGAGUGGAAGCGCCGCCGAGCCGCUCAGCCGACCCGAGGGCGGAUGAGAAGGCGGAGCCGUCACCGCUUCUCUCCGGAGACCCCCGGCGGCGAGGUCGGCAGCCCGGAGCGACCGGAGGCCCCCAGCCGCCGGGAAACGACCGCCAUCCGUGCGGGGCCAAGGCGGUCGGCGGCGGCGCCCCCAACGGCGUGCAGAACGGGUUGGCGGCCGAGCCGGGCCCGGCCUCGGCGCGGCGCGCGGGCUCCCUGCGCCGCAACUCGCUGACGGGCGAGGAGGGCCAGCCGGCGCGCGUGAGCAACUGGCUGCUCUACUACCUGUUCUGCUUCGGCACGGAGCUGGGCAACGAGCUCUUCUACAUCCUCUUCUUCCCCUUCUGGAUCUGGAACCUGGACCUGCUGGUGGGCCGGAGGCUCGUCAUCAUCUGGGUGCUGGUCAUGUACCUGGGCCAGUGCACCAAGGACAUCAUCCGCUGGCCGCGGCCCGCCUCGCCGCCCGUGGUCAAGUUGGAGGUCUUCUAUAACUCCGAGUACAGCAUGCCCUCCACCCACGCCAUGUCCGGCACCGCCAUCCCCAUCGCCAUGGUCCUCCUCACCUAUGGCCGCUGGCAGUAUCCUCUCAUAUACGGACUGAUUCUCAUUCCCUGCUGGUGUUCUCUCGUUUGCCUGAGUAGAAUUUACAUGGGAAUGCACUCCAUUCUGGACAUUAUUGCUGGAUUCCUAUAUACCAUUUUAAUCUUAGCUAUCUUCUAUCCAUUUGUGGACCUGAUUGACAACUUCAACCAAACUCACAAAUGUGCGCCAUUGAUCAUCAUCGGGCUUCAUUUAGUUUUGGGGAUCUUUUCUUUUACUCUUGACACCUGGAGUACAUCCCGAGGAGACACAGCUGAAAUUCUCGGAAGUGGUGCUGGAAUCGCAUGUGGCUCUCAUAUGGCUUACAGCAUGGGUCUAAUAUUAGAUCCUUCUCUCGACUUACUACCUUUAGCGAUGCCCCCUGUCACUGUGACUCUGUUUGGAAAAGCCAUAUUGCGGAUCCUCAUAGGAAUGACAUUUGUUCUGAUAGUCAGAGAUAUAAUGAAAAAGAUCACCAUUCCUUUAGCCUGUAAAAUCUCCAAUGUACCAUGUGAUGACAUUCGAAAAGCAAGACAGCACAUGGAGGUUGAGCUCCCCUACCGGUAUAUCACCUACGGAAUG